AUGAGCGUGAUUAAUCCGCAAUUUAAACCAUCUAGAUUUAGAUUAGAAAGCCUGGGACCUUAAUUGGCUUUUAAUCCAACCUACAACCCUCGAUUUUGUUAUAUUGGAAGUGAUGACUAUUUAAAUGAUUUAUUAUAAUUAGAAUAACAGUAGUUGGAGGAACAAAUGAUUGCCUUGAUCACUCAGUAGUCGCUUGAUAUGGAAGAGAAGAGUCCGUAAGUGACAACUUUAGCAGAAAAGCAAUAAAAUAAUUAUAAGAAGAAAAAAGUCUUUGACAGUGCUGAUUAUUUUAUGUAACAACAACAGAAGAAGGAUUUAACCAUAGAGUAAAAGUAGGAAGAGUUGCUCAUGACCAAGUAUGCGGCUGCAGAUUUGUAGUUUAAGACCCCCUUAACUAAGAAAUAAAAGAAGGUGUUUGACUCAGCAGACUACUUCCUUUCACUAUACAAAAAUUGA